AUGGGGUGUAGAGGGCUGUGGAACUUACAUAUUAAUGGGAAAUGGUAUCGCUGGUGUCAUCCGCGAGGGCGCAUAAGUCCUCCAGAUGAUGAAUUCACAUGGCGAACAAUCAGGCAGCUGCAUGACAAGCCCAACAAUCUUGAAGGAUGGGAAAUAGUCCCAUUCCCUAGUCCCAUCCAUUCCAACCUAGAUUAUGUAUAUACUGUCGAUCAGGAUGCGGGUACUUUCACGUUGUCACUGUGGAAUGUGCUUGAUGGAUUAUUGGCACCUGCGACGAUACGGAUCGAUCUCGCCAAAAUCUAUGAGUCUUCCAACAUCUUAAAACAUUCCUUUCAACAGUCGCAAUACUCGUCCAACAACAGUAUCAGUGAAACAAAAGUGACCCAAUUUCAGUCAUUGGUUUCUGAAAUGCUUGAGAUAGAUUUUGGCAUUCCCACUUCCAUGAAUGAGGUUCAGGAACGAUUCUUUACAGACUUUGUCUUUCUAUGGCGCUUUUAUGUCGAUGAUCCUCUGACAUGGAGAUAUGAUUCUCCUAUCUUCAACGUGCUAUGCAUAGCUUUCCUGCGUCUUGCGGCCUGGGAUUUUGAGGUGUCUUUUGAUAGCAAUGUCGAGCUUCCAAUCUCUUUCGCAUCGAUUCCUGCUUGGAAUUACCCCAAGGCCGGCAUAUAUUGGUUCCAUGGUUACCUGGUUAUUCUGCAAGAAGAUGUUGACUCUGGGGCCAUGAUAGACAGAGCCAUCUUGAAAGCCAAAUCAUAUAUCAAUAAUUCCCAAUUCAUGCAUCAGGACAUCCGCUUGAUUCUUAUAUCACCACAUCAUGUUACCUUUGUGGAGCUUUCCCAUAAUACCGCCUUGAGCAACAGCAGUCUGGUACUGCUCGCCAACUCUUCAGCAACCCAAUGUUCACCUGGCUUCCGAGCUUUAGCUCGGGUUCUAACUUCAGACUGUUGGAAGAAGCCUCCGAUCCUCAGAGAACGGUGGCAGUUUACCGUACCACCUGAGGUUUUCCGGAUGAUUCUCUGUGAACUGGACCCGCGAGAUGCUGUAGCAUUUGCGCAAGCUUCCUUUGCAGCCGAGCAGUACUACUAUAGUUUGGUACCCCAGUUAAAGAACGUCAAAGUGCAAAAUUACAAGUCGUCUAUACCCUGCUGUGGUAAGCGUGGUCGACUAGAAGAGAAUGGUAUUUGUUGUUUCAAAUGCUAUUCGUGGCAGCAUUUGGAAUGUGUUGGUAUUGAAAAUGGUUUAUCUUAUAACCCGUACGUUUGUACAGACUGCCAGGGAAAUAGAAACUGUCUUGUUCUCGAACCCGGGGGGAUCAACAGAGUCAGUCGUCGGAAAAGCAGAGAAGGACGCCAGAUCGAAAUCAGAGGUUCGGCCAAGUCGCUUCAACUGCGACUCUCCAAGCCUUCCCAUCUACGACCAGAACUAAAAUUUCUGGGGAAUCUCGUGUCAAUUCCCCCUUCCCUGAUUGAUUAUACAAUCCUCUUCAACGGCCCAUUUUCUGGAUUGGCUUACGGCUUGGAAGAUAGAUCAUAG